AAUAUGCUAAUUGAUAGUAUCUGCCUUUUAUUAGGGAAAUUAUCCCUUUUUUGUUAAGUUUAUAAUUUUUCUUGUAAAUGUGUAAGAAAUGUAGAAAUUUUUGACAGUAAUUUGCUCCAUAUUUCCUCCCUAACCCCAUUAUUUUCUGCUUUUUAUCUACACUUUCCUUAAUAUUAUGCCACAAUUUCCAUCUCCUUCAAAUUCAAAAUGCACAUGAAUAUAAAAUAACAAUGAAUCACUAAAAUUAGAACCAGUCUGACACCUACUGAAUGCUUCAGGUAUAUAAAGCAUAUUUUGCUGAUUAUUGCGUGUUACUGUCCAGAAAUUCUGCUGCUCUCUGAAAUAUUCAGAGAAAAUAAAAAAUGUUUGUCUAAACUCUUAACGAGGGAGAAGAAAACUUCUACACUCAAAUAGAAAAGAMAUUUUUUCCAUACAUAAUAUUUUCUUUUUUUAAAAUGAACAAUGCCUUAUGUUACAGUCCUAAUCCAAAAUAAUCAGAUUAGAUUAUCACAACAUGAUGGGUUGUUACACAAGUAGCCCUUGUUCAUUGAGAUUGUGUUUUCUGACAUUUUUAACCAUCUCCCUUAUCUUCCAGGWACAGRUCUGAACUCRUCAAGCGCGUUUACACAGCAAGCUGUGAUGCGGAAUUCAACUUUGUGGCUGACAGCUUUUCAUAAACCAGCAAACGACUCCGUUUUUUAUGAGGGAACAAAAACAAUUGAUGAAGGAUACCAAAACGCAAUUAUUGGAGUGGUCAUAUUUGCCAUGKUGGUGACGUUGGGUGUUAUUGCUUACGUACUGUACCAGUACAUGUGCCGCAACAAAGGCGACUACAGGACGACGGGGGAGCUGGCUCCAGGAGAUUAUUUCUAUGACGAGUCCCCCACACUUGGUGUGAGUGAAAAGAAGGAAUACUUCAUAUGAACCUGGGAGAAGAGGGUGGCUAACGGGAAAAUAAAGAUGCAUGUGUAAUAAAAAAAAUAAGAAAUGGGAUGGAUUUGCUACUGGCAGGGAGAGGAUGGAGGCUGGGGUGGGGAUGUUUUUAAGAAAUUGUCCCAGGAGUGAAACCAAAGACGGGAUCAGGACUGUAGCCAUGAAUGUUGAUGAAUGUGAAGCAGCUGAAAGACAACGGGCGUCUACCGACCACCACAGCUUGGUGUGAAACAGGUGGUAGGAUUUAAAACAUGUCUACAGCCUGCUAUAGGAUCACAAAACGUUCAGCAACCAUCACAAGAUUACUCUGACACUAUUGUUAUCAUGUUUCUCCCUUUCUUCCCUGAGACUUUGUAUUUUUCUCAAUCUUCUGGUGUGCUGUGUUGGCUGUUACAUUUAUAUUGAGUUGCUUUUCUUUUUAUCAGCUUUUUCUUUAAAUUAAAAAAAAAUGAUACAGAAA